GCAGACGCAACUUCCGCAGGCCGGAAAUUACCCAUCAACCCAUCUGUUAGUUAGUUCGGUUGUUGCUUGUGCCGGAGUGUCCAAAAGUACAGCUCAGAGUUAUACUGAAACAGAGUGAAUCCAUUACUGGUGUGGAGAUCCAUUCGCCACUAUGGGUGAAAGAAAAGGAACAAACAAAUACUACCCUCCGGAUUUUGAUCCAGCCAAACAUGGAUCCCUCAAUGGCUAUCAUAAAACUCAUGCCCUGCGGGAGAGGGCCAGGAAACUGUCCCAGGGCAUUCUCAUUAUCAGGUUUGAAAUGCCCUACAACAUCUGGUGUGAUGGCUGCAAAAAUCACAUUGGCAUGGGGGUCCGUUACAAUGCUGACAAGAAGAAAGUGGGAAAUUACUACACCACGCCAAUCUACAGGUUCAGGAUGAAGUGCCAUCUGUGCGUCAACUACAUUGAGAUGCAGACAGACCCGGCGACUUGUGACUAUGUUAUAGUAAGUGGGGCACGCAGAAAGGAGGAACGCUGGGACAUGGCUGAAAAUGAGCAGAUCCUCACCACAGAGCGAACAGAGAAGGAGAAGCUGGAGACGGAUGCCAUGUACAAACUGGACCACGGUAGGAAAGACAAGGAGAAGCUUAAAAAGGCUCUGCCCUCUCUGUCAGAGAUCCAGGACUACCAGUCGGGCUGGAAGGAUGACUUCCAGCUCAACAGCACCCUCCGCAGGAAGUUUAGAACAGAGAAGAAAGUUCUGGCUGAACAGGAGGAGAAGGACAACGCAGUAAGGAUGAGAACCAACCUGUCUAUCCCACUGCUGCCAGAAAAGGAGGAGGACAAGAAACUGGCAGCGCUGCUAACCUACCAGACACCUGACUCCUAUGAGGACAAGAAGCACAGCAAGCGCAAAGAGAUCUCCUCUCGUUCAUGGUUCAACUCCACUUCAACACCACCAGGAGGCGCUGCAGGCAGUCUGCUCCAUAAGCUCGGCCUGCAGGGGAGAGAGGCAGCGGUGGCCAAAGCCCUGGGCCCCUCACACAGCCCUCUGAUCCGCAAACGCACAGGAGGGACCGGAAUCAAAAAUGAACAGUCCGUCACACGCAGAAAAUCACAGCCUGAUGGCGACACACGUGACGGACAAAUUUCCAGAAUCACAGAGAUGGAUGAAGCCCCGUCUACACUGUCGACACGAGGAGGUCAGAAGGUAGCAGAGACAAAUGGAACUAGUUUCAAAGAGGUACAGGUCAAAACCACAGAGGAAGCAGACAAAGGGCCGACAGAUGCUGAGGACUCUGGACAGGAGAGGGAAGAGGGCGGAUGUUCAGGAGGAGUCACAUCUCUGGUAGCAGACUACAGCGACUCAGAUUCAGAGCCGACCGGACGAUAAGCUAAACGGGACAGUUUCUGUUUUCAAAGCAAUAGUCAGGGUCAAAUGUGUGUUCCGGUUGCAGACGUGUGCUGUACAGUGUCAUACUUUUUAUGUGUUGAAAAAAAUCGUUGUGGCGGACUCACCUGUAAGAUUUGAAGUUUAGUGACGUGCAGAAUGUGUGCCAUAUGUUUCUGGUGUGACAUUAGAAUGUGCGUCAGUAUAUUGUAUCUGUGUCCAGCCCAGUUAAAAUAUUUGAUGUUUGGUUUUAGAUGCCCACACACAUGUGAUUUGUUGUUAAAACUCCAGGAACCUUGUAAAAUUAAAUGCAAAAUAUUGCUUAUA